AUGGCUUCCUCAUCCUUCAGCAUCCGUAUCCCCUGCUCCUCAGCAAACAUUGGCCCUGGCUUCGACGUCAUCGGCCUCGCCCUAACCCUCUACCUCGAAGUCCACGUCACAAUCGAUUCUUCGCCGUCUUCGCUGGAAAAAAAGCACCCAUUGAACUGCGUCAUCACAUAUGAGAAUCUGAGUGGGAGUAAAGAACAGAUCAGUCUUGAUCCCGAAGUCAAUCUUAUCACUCGUGUGGCUUUGUAUGUGCUUCGGUGUCAUGAUCAGCGGGCAUUCCCGGCCAAUACCCAUGUACACAUCAAGAAUCCUAUCCCAUUGGGGAGAGGGCUUGGAACGUCUGGAACGGCGGUGGUUGCUGGUGUAGUGUUGGGUAAUGAAAUUGGAAAAUUGGGAUUGACCAAAGCGCGUCUUCUCGAUUACUGUUUAAUGAUCGAACGACACCCCGACAACGUCGCCGCAUCCCUCUUCGGCGGCUUCGUAGGCACAUACCUCAGCGACCUCAAACCAGAAGACAUGGCUCGCAUCGAAAUCCCCCUCAGCGAAGUCCUCCCUGAACCAGCCGGCGGCAUCGACACAGGCAAACAACCGCCCAACCCCCCCGUCGGAAUAGGCCACUGCACAAAAUUCCCCUGGGCAAAAGAAAUCAAAGCCAUAGCCAUAAUCCCGGACUUUGUCGUUCCCACCGCAAAUGCGCGCGAUGUUUUACCGAAACAAUAUACUCGCGCUGAUGUCGUCUUUAACCUUCAACGGGUUGCGCUUCUGCCGAUUGCGUUGGGAGCUUCGCCUCCAGAUCCGGAUAUGAUCUAUUUGGCUAUGCAGGAUAGAGUGCAUCAACCAUAUAGACAGACUCUUAUCCCUGGUUUACUGGAGAUUUUGCAAUCAAUGACCCCGACUACACAACCGGGUCUGUUGGGUAUUUGUCUCUCGGGCGCGGGUCCUACGAUUCUUGCGCUUGCUACUGAGAAUUUCGAGGAGAUUGCUGAGAAGAUUACGAGUCGGUUUGCGGAGAGGGGGAUUGAGUGUCAGUGGAAAUUGUUGGAAUUGGCGCAGGAGGGGACGAUUGUUGAGCAUCAUUAG